AUGGCUGAUUCGAAGAUGAAGCUCCACUGUGGCUGGUUCUUUUUAAAUUCGGCAGCUCUCUUUGGUAUCAAUGAGAAAGGUCUUGACUUCGAACUUGUAUUCGUUGACUGGAUUGCUGGUGAAUCCAAAACCAAAACCUUUCUCUCUACUCUCAACCCAUUUGGUGAAGUCCCGGUUCUUGAAGAUGGAGAUCUCAAACUUUACGAAUCAAAGGCGAUCACGCGAUACUUAGCAGAGCAAUACAAAGACACCGGAACCAAUCUAUUACCAGAUGAUCCCAAAGAGAGGGCAGUCGUGGGGACGUGGAUGGAAGUAGGUAACAACAAGUUUCUUCCUAUAGCAUUAGCUCUCAUUAAAGAACUCAUUAUAAAACCGUAUCAAGGUUUAGCCACCGACGUCACAUCAGUUGGAGAAAACAAGGAGAAGUUAUCAGAGAUUCUAAACAUCUACGAGGCUCAUUUAGGCAAGUCUCCUUACUUGGCUGGUGAAAGCUUCACUUUAGCGGACCUUCAUCAUCUUCCGCCGAUUGAUUACUUGUUAAACACGGAAGAAAAAGAGUUGAAAAAGUUGAUUUAUUCACGUCCCAAUGUAGCCGCAUGGGUUGAGAAGAUGAAGUCGAGACCUGCUUGGUUAAAAACAGUCGUCAUGAAAAAUCACAUCGUUGACUUGAUGAAGCAACGUCGUUUGCCUAAAAAGUUAGACUCAUCAUCGGUUCAUGAGUUUACCUUAAUGGCUCAGAAAAGUGCGUUUGCGAUGGGGAACAACUAAUGAAAAGAAAAUCAAAACUACAAUGUUAAGUUUAUUAACUAAGCACCGAAUCAAUAAUGAGUCAUUAUGUAUGGUGUUUAUUUGGUUGUAUAUGUGUCAUAUUUAUAUUUUGGUUUUUAACAUUAAGAG